AUGAACGGGAAAGCGACGAAGGCAAAGGAAGAUGCUUCAAAGGAGCCCCAGCUGAAGGGGAUAGUCACUAAGCUGCACAGCCGACAGGGUUUCCAUCUCCAGCUCCAGGCAGAUGGAACCAUUGAUGGUACAAAGGAGGAGGACAGUAGCUACGCUAUAUUCAACCUCAUUCCGGUCGGGCUUCGGGUCGUGGCCAUUCAGGGUGUGCAGACCAAACUCUAUCUGGCGAUGAACAAUGAGGGUUACUUGUACACCUCAGAACAUUUUACACCAGAGUGCAAAUUUAAGGAGUCGGUGUUUGAGAACUAUUAUGUGACCUACUCCUCCAUGAUCUACCGUCAGCAGCAGUCAGGACGUGGGUGGUACCUGGGACUGAAUAAAGAGGGCCAAAUCAUGAAGGGGAACCAUGUGAAGAAGAACAAGCCAGCAGCGCAUUUCAUCCCCAAACCUUUAAAAGUUGCUAUGUACCGAGAGCCUUCCCUGCACGACCUUACUGAGUUCUCACGUUCGGGCAGUGGCACGCCCACCAAAAGCCGAAGCGCAUCGGCUAUGCUUAACGGUGGCAAGACGCUGAGCCAGAACGAGUCCACGUAA